AUGCUCUUCAAAGCCGCCGCCUUCUCCUCCCUCCUGGCCGUCGCCAGCGCCCGCAUCGCCGGCAUCGCCGUCCCCGAGACCGUCGCCCCCGGCUCCACCAUCAAGGGCCUCAUCCUCACGGAAAACUACAUCCAGACCGUCUACGACGUGGCCGUCGCCUGGGGCUUUGCCCACGGCGAGGGAUACCCCCAGUCUCUGGGCCAGGUCCUCGACUCAUCCUACCUCGGACCCAACCUGUCCAACACCGUCAACAACAUCACCCAGUAUCUCACCAUCCCCGCCUCCGCCGAAAAGGGCGAGGCCCUCAUCAGCGCCAGCGUCUUCAGCCUCUACGGCGCCGUCUACGGCCCGACCCUCACCAACUUCAACGUCUCCAUCACCGUCGGGGACUCCACCUCCUCCACCUACAAGUCCAGCACCUUCUAA